CUGGCCGGGGGCAAUUCGCGUCUGACGGCCUUCUCAAGCCGUUUCCCUUCUACGCUGAGCACGGCGAGGGCUGCGUGCUGCGGGACGCGGACGGCAACGAGCGCCUCGAUUUCUACAACAAACGCCACCUCGCUGAUCCUCGGGCAUAGGGACCCGCAGGUCACCGCGGCGCUGCAAGCACAGGCCGAAAAGGGCACCGCCUUCGCCAAUCCGACCGAGCCGGAGGUGGAGUUGGCCAGUCUACUGACCGCGGCCCUACCUUCGCUGCAGCGGCUGCGCUUUACGAACAGCGGCACGGAGGGUGUGGCAUUGGCGCUGCGGGCGGCGCGGGCGUUUACCGGCAAGUCGAAAAUCGCCAAAACGGAGGGAGCCUAUCACGGCACCAGUGACCACGCCAGCGGGGAGCGAGGAAGCGCCCCGCCGGUGCCGAGCUCGCAGGGGCUGACGGCCAAGACGCUGGACGACAUGAUCAUCAUCCCGUUCAACGACGCCGCGGCGGCCCGGCGCAUCAUCGAGCAGCACGGCGACGACUUGGCCGCGGUGAUAGUCGAGCCCGUCAUGGCCGGCAUCGGCUAUGUGCCCGCCGAGGCGGCGUUCCUGGAAGCGCUGCGCGAGGCGUGCGACGGACAGCGGACCCUGCUCAUUUUCGACGAGGUACAAACGCUGCGCAUGGCCCCCGGCGGCGCCCAGCAGUGGUACGACGUCGUGCCGGACAUGAGCUGUCUCGGCAAGAUCAUCGGCGGCGGCAUGCCGGUGGGGGCGUUCGGCGGCAGGGCCGACGUCAUGGCGGCCUUCGACGCCACCGAGGGGGCGCCCGCCAUCCCGCACGGCGGCACGUUCAACGGCAAUCCCAUGACCAUGCAGGCCGGUCUAGCCACCAUGCGCCAGCUCACCCCGGAGGUUUACGAGCGGAUCAACGAACGCGGCGAGACCCUGCGGCACCAGCUGAGGAAAUGGCGCGCAGCGCCGGGGUGUCGAUUCGCAUCAGCGGCAUCGCGUCGUUCUUCGGCAUGCAAACUGACGGACCGCCCGGUGACGACCUACCGCAGCGCCCAGGGCCAGGACGAGGCGUUGCGCCAGAAGCUCUUUCUGCACUUACUGAAUGAGGGGAUUACGUGA